UGCGGCCAUUCUUUCUGCCUACCUCCUCCGUAUGAGCCAGCUCGUGCUCGUUCGGGACUGAGACCCACCCGAACGUUCGCGGCCGCCUCCCUCCGCCCAGAUCUCGCCGCCGACGAGAUGCUCCGCCGCGGCGUGCUCCUCCUGGCGGCUGUCCUCCUCGCCGUCGCGCGCCCACCUCACGCGUAUGCCUCCGAGGCCGACCACAAGUACAAAGCAGAAGAACCGGUUAAGCUAUGGGUAAACAAGGUUGGACCAUACAAUAACCCUCAAGAAACAUACAACUAUUACAGCCUCCCAUUUUGUCAACCAUCUGAAAACCCGACACAUAAAUGGGGUGGACUGGGAGAGGUCCUCGGUGGAAAUGAGCUGAUUGAUAGUCAGAUUGAUAUAAAAUUCUUAAAAAAUGUGGACAAGGGCUCCAUUUGCACAAUUGAACUUGAUGCUCAAAAGGUUAAGCAAUUUUCUGAUGCCAUUGAGAGCUCUUAUUGGUUUGAGCUUUUCAUAGAUGAUCUGCCAUUGUGGGGUUUCGUUGGGGAAACUGACAAAAACAAUGAGAACAAGCACUACCUUUACACUCACAAGAACAUUGUUGUUAAAUACAAUGGUAACAGGAUAAUUCAUGUCAAUCUCACGCAAGAGUCACCUAAGCUUCUUGAAGCUGGUAAAAAGUUGGAUAUGACAUAUUCAGUAAAGUGGGUGCAAACAAAUGUGGCAUUUGCACGGCGUUUUGAAGUUUACUUGGACUACCCAUUCUUUGAACAUCAGAUCCAUUGGUUCUCCAUCUUCAAUUCAUUCAUGAUGGUUAUUUUCUUGACUGGUUUAGUGUCAAUGAUAUUGAUGAGGACACUAAGAAAUGAUUAUGCAAAAUAUGCUCGUGAAGAUGACGACCUGGAAUCACUUGAGCGAGAUGUUAAUGAGGAAUCUGGAUGGAAGCUUGUCCAUGGAGAUGUAUUUCGGCCUCCUCGUGGUCUGGUGUUUCUUUCUGCCCUUGUUGGUAUUGGCACUCAGUUGGCAGCUCUUAUCCUGCUUGUGAUUGUGUUGGCCAUUGUUGGCAUGUUAUAUGUUGGACGAGGAGCUAUCAUCACAACCUUUAUUGUGUGCUAUGCUCUUACAUCCUUCAUCUCUGGAUAUGUUAGUGGUGGCCUUUAUUCAAGGAAUGGUGGCAAAAACUGGAUAAAGUCCAUGAUCCUUACGGCAUCCCUUUUUCCAUUCUUGUGCUUCUCAAUUGGAUUAGUGUUAAACACCAUUGCUAUCUUCUACCGAUCAUUAGCAGCUAUACCAUUUGGCACAAUGGUUGUCAUAUUUGUUCUUUGGGCUUUCAUCUCCUUCCCAUUGGUGCUAUUGGGAACUGUAGUUGGCAGAAACUGGAGUGGUGCUCCCAACAACCCAUGCCGUGUGAAAACGAUUCCACGUCCUAUUCCUGAAAAGAAGUGGUACCUUACACCUUCUGUUAUUUCAUUGAUGGGUGGGCUUCUCCCCUUCGGCAGCAUCUUCAUUGAGAUGUACUUUGUGUUCACUUCCUUCUGGAACUACAAGGUGUACUAUGUUUAUGGUUUCAUGCUGCUGGUGUUUGUCAUCCUUAUAAUAGUCACCAUAUGUGUCACUAUUGUGGGUACUUAUUUCUUGUUGAAUGCUGAGAACUAUCACUGGCAAUGGACAUCAUUCUUCUCUGCUGCUUCUACUGCCUUGUAUGUAUAUUUAUACUCCAUAUACUAUUAUCAUGUGAAGACAAAGAUGUCAGGCUUCUUCCAGACAAGCUUCUACUUUGGUUACACCCUGAUGUUCUGUAUUGGAUUGGGAAUACUUUGCGGUGCUGUUGGCUAUCUGGGCUCCACUCUAUUUGUGAGGAGAAUCUACAGAAAUAUCAAAUGCGACUAAAUUUCUGCACCUUGCUGAUAGAGGCUGUUAGCAAAUUAUGUCUUGUCGCAGUCUGGUGCGGAGUAAUGCUUGAUUCUGAUUAACUUCUGAAACUACACAGGAGGUCGCUCUCCCUCUGUUUACUCCUUUUUUGGCUUAUCUAUUUCCUCCAUGGAACUGCCCUGAUAAAUGUAUACCUAUUAGUUGGGGAAUUAGUCUGAGGUGAGGACUGGAAAGUACAUGUAGGUUCUUUUUUGUGAGGCCUCUUUUGGUCAGUUGUAGGAGUUCAUUGAUGAAUAUUACCGCAGUGCAGAUUCCAGUGGGCUAGAUUUGCCCCUCUUAUGAAUUGCCACGUCCAGUUUUCAUACCCUCUUUGUAGUAUAAGCAAGCUAAUAUAUUGAAGUUACAUAUAUUCUUAA